UUUUGUGGACCAACCCAAUGCAGAGUCAGCAAGACAUUUCUCAGGGAAAGCAGCGGCCUGCUUCGGUACAGCAAGAGUUUCUUUUUGUCGAUACAGCAAAAGCAAAAAGCUCGCGUCAAGGCCGUCGCAAUGCACGCUCAUUCGUCAUGCAAAAGGCCCGCAGGGAACGCCCGUGGUCGACAAGCAAACAUGGCACAAAGCAGAGAAGGAGUCCCGAGACGACCAGCCCUACCACGGGUGGAACUCGGACGCCGGAUCUUUCCCAUACUCCCAUCACAUCGACGCCCAGCCCGCCAUUGGCUUCGACUCACCCUGAAUACUCAUCAUACCCAGACGCCAACAGCCUGCUGGUAGUGAAACAAGAACUCUGCCAAGAUUGUCAGAUACUCACAUGCCAGUUCGGCCAACAGUUGUGCCCACGAUGUCUUUUGCUGCAAGCCCAAACAUCCCCCCAAGAUCUAGACAAUAGUCUGUUCGACCCAUUCGACUCUUCGUCCGUCGACAUGAACGGACAAACAUCCGUUUUGAUAGAGCACUUUGUUACACAGAUGGCACCUGCUGCAAUCGCCAUCGACGUCCGAGGCAAGUCUGAUCUCAUGAGAAUCGCGUGGUUUGGAACAGCUAUGGGUCACAGAGGAUUCAUGCAUAGCCUGCUAUGUACUGCCGCACUCCAUCAGUACUUUUGUGGGAUAGGAUCCUUCGAAACGAUCCUCUAUCAUCGGAUGAUGGCCGUCACUGCUAUCAAUUCUGCCUUGUCAAGCUUAGAUUUCGAAGAAGGAAUCUCGGAUGCUAACAUAGGAGCCGUCUUCAAUCUGCUUACCAUUGAAGAAUCGCUGAAACAUAUCGAACGAAACCACCGUGAAGAUGGACAAACAGAUCAGCGGAGAGUACACUAUGAUGGUCUUCGUAGGAUGAUCCAACUUCGAGGAGGUCUGUUGGCAAUCGGUUCCAAUCGUAUCCUCCAGGCAUUUAUUCUCUGGCAUUCGACUGCGCACGCCAUUGCCACAUUCAAGGAACCAUAUUUGACUGUGGAAGAUCUGAUAAGUGCGGCAUGUAACCCACGUCAUCCAUCCGGGUACUUUCCAGAAAUAUCAUACCAUCUGCUUGACUGCUGCAAAGUAGUACAAGUAAGAGAGACUCUCAUGGUGGUUGUAGAAGCUGUGGUCACACUCAUCGCUGAUCUGAACUCCUUAUUCAGCAACCCUCAGAGCCCACUCGACCCGGUCGAUGUGCAAAACUAUGCAUGUGUUCUGCAGUGUACGCUGCUACAGUGGCUACGUAGCAAUGAGCACGUUAGCCCUCUCGAAGACGCUCUUUGCAUUACACUUCUGAUAUUCACCGUCCGCACCACAGAGGCCCUCAGAGUCUCGCCGACCAGUCACCCUUUCCAUGUCGCUGCGAACAAAAAACUCGAGCAGGCACUCAGUGCUACCAGUCGUGCAAAUUGGGAAAUGUGUCCCGAGCUGCUCGUAUACAUCCUGGCAAUAGGCGCCAUAUCAUCCGAAGGGUCCUUUGAAAGUCUUUGGUUUGUGCAUCAAGCUUCGCUGGCCUGUGCCGAAUAUGGCAUCCAAAAUGCAGACAUGCUUCUCGAGCGACUGCACUUAUGUGGCUGGGUCAACUUCAAGCUCGAUAGAGCCGUCUGCCACCUCUGGGAAAGGAUCGCAAGUUGCAGGCUCGAAUCGUCUCCCAACGCGACCAGUGUGGUUGGUCCUUUGCAGAUUCGUGUGGCCUCGCCCGAGAUGGUGGACUGGCUGGAAAUCGACUGGUCCAUAUUAAUCAGCGACGAGAGCUUUUCGUCCAGCGGUAACACGGUAAGUGGAAUGGCACCGGGACGAGACGAACCUCUAUAUGAAAUCGGUUCGGGCUAUGCGUUUCCCCACAAUGGCUCUUUCUACAUGCGAUGA